CCCCGCGCCCGUGCGUGCGUCACGCGCUCGCAGGAGACUGCGACUCCCGGCAGCCUGCGCGCGGUCUCCUCCUAUUGGCUGACGGCGGCAGGAAGCGGUAGGCCGGGCGAAGCGUGAGGGGCGCAGGAGCGACGGCGGCCGGAAGCGGAGGCUCAGGCUGGGCUGGGGGUGAGCGGGCCCGGGCCCGGCCUCGGGGCGGUGAAUCCAGUAUGGAAGAGUGUAAAGAUGCAAGUUCUCCUGAAAAAUUACUUGAUCAAUUACAACUUUCUGAUCAGAAGUCUUCAGAAACUGGCCCUAAAGAUGAACAGGAUCCCCAUAACACUGAACAUGGAUGUACACCAUCUUCAGCCAAAGAUCCCACAACAGAUGAGAGUUUCCAUGACUGUCAUGACUCAUUUGAGGCAAAAGAACCUGUGCUGGAUGAUGAAGGAAAUUUACAGAAUGAUGAGAAUAGCUCAAGAAAGCAGACAGAACUAGAUGAAGAAUAUUUGCUAGAACUAGAAAAAGAUAUGCCAGAGGAAGAAAAACAGAAAAGAAGAAAGGAAAGCACAACGCUGAAGGAGAAAGGAAAUGAGCAGUUCAAGAAAGGAGACUAUGGAGAGGCAGAAGACUCUUACACGAAGGCUCUGCAGAUUUGUCCAGCAUGCUUCCAAAAGGAUAGGGCUGUUUUAUUUUCAAACAGAGCUGCUGCAAAAAUGAAACAGGACAAGAUGGAAGCUGCCCUAAGUGACUGCAGCAAAGCAGUGGAAUUGGAUCCUAACUAUAUUAGAGCUUUGCUGAGGAGAGCAGAGCUGUAUGAAAAAACAGAGAAACUAGAUGAAGCUCUGGAAGAUUAUAAGGCAAUCCUGGAAAAAGACCCAUCAGUCCAUCAAGCCAGAGAAGCUUGCAUGCGAUUGCCUAGACAAAUUGAAGAGCGGAAUGAAAAGCUGAAGAAAGAAAUGUUAGGCAAACUGAAGGAUCUUGGAAAUUUAGUUCUGCGCCCCUUUGGCCUGUCAACAGAAAAUUUCCAGAUAAAACAGGAUUCAUCAACUGGCUCAUACUCAAUCAAUUUUGUUCAAAAUCGAAACAACAACAGAUAACAGCAAUUCGAUCUAAUUCUGCUGGCUUUCAGGCUUGGCGACCCUGUGCUUGCACGUACCACUGAAAGGAUUCAGCAAACAUUCUUCAUGCUCCUCAAGUGAAGAUGAGACCCAAGCAUAUUCAUUUUCCUGCUUGCAAAAUUAUUUACAGUGUGGAUGUAAAGCAAGUUAUUUGACUUCUCUUAGUGGUAACUGUGUCCAGUGUGUAAUUUUAUUUUUGCUUUAUUUUCAUUUCUUCUUUUGCAGUGUUUGGCUUAUCCAACAGUCUGGGCUAUUCUUUUGGCCCAUUCAAUGCUGACAAGGACAUUCUAACAAACAGUGCAGUUAAAUCAAAAUGCUGAUGCAGCUGCAGCCAAGCAUGGUGGGCUAACCCUAGCCAGCAACUAAGCCCCACACAGCUGCUCUCACAGCCCCCUAGUGGGAUGGAGGAGAGAAUCCGGAGGAUAAAAGUGAGAAACUCAUGGGUUGAGAUACAGACAGCUCAGCAAAAGCUGCAUAUAUAAGCAAAGCAAAACAAGGAGUUCAUUCACCAUGUCCCACUGGCAGACAGGUGUUUAGUCAUGCCUGGGAAUGCAAGGCUCCAUCACACAUAAUGGUAACUUGGGAACACAACCUCCAUCACUCUGAACAUCUCUGCCCACUUCCUUCUUCCUCCAGCUUUAUAUGCUGCGUGUGAUGCCAUAUGGUGUGGAACAUCCCUUUAGUCAUUUGGGGUCAGAUGUCCUUACUGUGUCCCUUCCCAAUUUUUUGUGCACCCCCAGCCUACUUGCUGGUGGGUUGGUGUAAGGAGUAGAAAAUACCUUGACCCUGUGUAAGCACUGUGCAGCAGUAACUGAAACAUCUCUGUGUUACUGAGGCUGCUCUCAGCACUAAUCUAAAACAUAGUCCCAUACCAGCUAUGGUGAAGAAAAUUAACUCUAUUACAGCCAAAGCCAGCACGCUAAGAACAAAGCCUAAUGGUGUCUUGGGGAAUUAAUGAAUCUAGGAGAAGCACUUCUCCAUGCUCAGCAGGCGGAUAGGACUGACAGCAUGCAUGGAAGCAAGCCAGUGUCUUCUGUGGAAUAAUUUCUCUUUGUAAUAAAGGCUUGGUACUUCUGUUGGUUUGUGAA